AUGCCUAAACGCAGUGAAAGACACCCGUAUCUAAAAGGCAACUAUACCCCGAUAAGAACCACCCUCUCCUCUGUUCCCUGUCAAUUCCAAGGGUCGAUCCCCGACGAAUUUAUCGGUGGUCAAUAUGUCCGCAACGGCAGCAAUCCACUGGCAGAUGACAAUAGCCACGGCGCUCUCCACUGGUUUGACGGAGAUGGAAUGCUGACGGGAGUUUUCUUUGAACGAAUCGCGGGCUGUCAGGGUGCGCGACCGCGAUUUACCAACCAAUAUGUUCUGACCGAUGUCUACUGUGCCACGAGAAAGAACCAAGCCCUUUACCCCAUUAUACCGAGCAUGGCGACGUUGGUCGACCCCAAUCCUUCUCGGUUCCAAAUCCUGUUUGAGAUGCUUCGUACCUAUGUAAUUGUCUGUGCGUCUCUUCUGAACUUGAUCGCCCGACCAAUAAAGAGGGUAGGAGCCGCGAAUACCAAUAUCGUCCAUCAUGAUGGGCGAGUGCUGGCAACGAAUGAGAUCGGGCCUCCGAUGAGGGUCGUUCUGCCGUCUUUAAAGACAGUUGGAUGGUUUACGGGCUCUCGUGCAGAAGGCGAAGGAAAGGUCACGGAUGACAGCGCAUGCGAGCCCUACUUUGGAGGGCAGGGCAUCGAGGGCUUCUACAAGGAAAUGACCACGGCACAUGUUAGUAUGACGUGCAUGAUUUUGAAACAUAAAGCAGAUACUGAUGAAGCAUUGGUAUAUCAGCCUCGUGUGGACCACGCAACAGGGGAGCUGAUUCUCUUUCACUCCACCUUCCUGCCCCCUUUUGUCCAGUAUUCCAUCGUCCCUGCUGGCAUGUCGCCGUCAGGGAUGCGUCUCAACCAGCCGGUUCCGGGGCUUUUAUCGGGAAAGCUGAUGCACGAUUUUGGCGUCUCUUCCCAUUACACCGUGUUCAUCGACUGCCCGGUCUCUCUAGACCCGUAUAAGGUUCGUAACAAUGAGUCGGCUGUUGAAUAUAACCCGCAAGGACGAACAAGACUAGGGGUGUUUCCUCGACAUGCCCCCGAGCGGGUCCGCUGGCAUGAGACUUCACCGUGCAUUGUCAUCCACACUGCCAACACCUGGGACGAAGAAUGUUCUGAUGGUCCACGUAUUCAUCUUUUGCUCUGUCGCGAGAAUAGUCUUGCUCCGUUGUACACUAUGGGAUGCUUGACGCCCCCUGAGGUUGUGUGCGCCAUCGAACCCGAGUCUCGUCUGUACUAUUAUCAAAUUUCGGAUGAGAUUACACAACAGUGGGCUCUGUCGGUAAUUCCUUUCGAAUUUCCGCACGUUCCCCGGCAUCGCGAGAUGGAAGCGGCUCAAUUCAUCUACGGAAGCUCAAUGACAGAAGGAAACUUCGCUUCUGCCUCCGUAACUGGGAUCAGAAUUGACUGCUUGGUAAAGGUCAACGUAAAGGCACUAAUUCAACGGGGUGAAACAGACCCACCUCUUCAGAUCCAUGGUGCAGUGGACACCAGAUCAAUACACCAGAUCAUACAGUCUACGGAUCCCGAUGACCCGAUUCAAGUCUUCAAGCUUCCAAGCGGUUGGUAUGCACAGGAAUGCUCUUUCGUACCGCGCCAUCGAGGCCACGGCGAGGACGACGGGUGGGUUGUGACAUAUGUAUUUGACGAGUCGCAGCUGGACGAAUCUGGGCAACCAAAGCCAGACUCUCGCAGCGAGCUGUGGAUCAUCGAUGCACGGUCAAUGAAAGAUGUUGUGGCCAGAAUUAUCUUGCCCCAGAGAGUGCCGUACGGCAUGCACGGCAAUUGGUUCCCGGAAGAUCAGAUCAAAAGUCAACGAUCGUACAGGGAACUGCGGACCGAGUGA